AUGACUGUAUUUGGAGUUGCCCUGGCUUUUGAUCCAGAUUACCUAACUGACAUCACUCCUCCAUACCUGGUCUACUUGAAAUCUGAUUACUUGCCCUGUGCUGGAGUUCUGGUUCACCCCUUAUGGGUGAUCACAGCUGCACACUGCAACUUACCAAAGCUUCAGGUUAUACUGGGGAUUACAAAUCCAUCAAACUAUGAUGAGAAAGAUAUACAAGUAGUUGGCUAUGAGAAGAUGAUUCAUCAUCCACACUUCUCAGUCACUUCUAUUGAAUACGACCUGAUGUUAAUCAAGCUGAGAGAAUACAUUGAACUCAAUGACUAUGUGAAACUGGUCAGCCUGCCUGAGGAACCUGCCCCUGAAGAAGCCAUGUGCAUGGUCUCCACGUGGGCCUACAACCUAUGUGAUGCCUCCAAGGAUCCUGACUCACUGCAGAAUGUGAACAUCUCCAUAAUCUCCAGGCAUGAGUGCCACAAUGCCUAUAAAACCUACAAGAUCCAGGAAGGUAUGCUGUGCUUAGGCAUUGUGCCAGGAAGGAGGCUGUCCUGCAAGGAAGUCACAGCUGCCCCAGCAGUCUGCAAUGGGAUCCUUCAAGGAAUAUUGGCUUUUGCAGAUGGAUGUGUUUUGAGAGCUGACGUUGGCAUCUAUACCAAAAUCUUUAACUACAUGUCCUGGAUUAGAAACACAAUCAAAAACAACUGA